AGAGCUGCCUCGCAAAUCGUGGCUCAGCAGACGCGCAAGCGAUCCCACGGCACGGACACGCCGUCAACGCUUCACAAGAUAGCCAACGCAGCUGUUUGAGCGGUCACGACCAUGGACGCCACCGAUCUCUUCCUCGCGGGCCUCCAGCUCUAUUUCAUCACGAUGAACUGGACCGUCGAGCGCAGCUACUGCGCCGCGCCGAUCACGGAGGGGAGCGACUGCUUCCUCUGCCCCGAGACGCACGAGUUCUGCACCGCGCACAACCCGCUCUUCCUCGCGCGGCCGGAGUGGCUCCGCCUCGCGACGUGCUUCAGCGCAUACGCCUUCUGCGUCGGGUACUUGGUGAUAUUGUGGGCCGCGCUCACGGACGGCUGGGCGAAGUUGCGCGCGCCCAUUUUGCUCUUCAUUGGUGCCAAGAUGUACGCGCUGAUCUACUACCACACGAUGGAGUUCACGUCGGAGACGCCGCCGCUCGGGCUCGGCGCCUACUUCGGGGUCGAAGGGCCGUAUUUAUUAGCCGGCGUGCUGGUCAUCCGCAAGGUUAUGGCCGGUAGCUUGAACCCGCUCAAGGCGCGGAGGUCAGUCGUCAAGUAUUCUUCGAAGCGCGUGCCGAAGGCGGCGACGCAGCGAGCGCUCGAGGCCGCGAUCAUGGCGCCGAACCACUUCCUGUCGGAGCCGUGGCGCUUCUACACGUGCGGCCCCGAGACGAAGGCCAAACUCUGCGGCCUGAACGAAGAUAAACGCAAGGCCGCGGAGGCCGUGCCCGAGUGGCUGAUCGUGACGCUGGCUUCGGAGCACAAGCUCACGGAGAAGCUCGGCCUCGAGGACCACGCGGCGACGGCGUGCGCGGUGCAGAAUUUCAUGCUGUCGUUAGCGAGCGAGGGCAUCGCAUCGAAGUGGAUGACGGGCGCCCUCGGCGCACCUCCCGAGGCCGUCCUCGAGUGCGUCGGCGCCGGGCGCGGCGAGAAGCUCAUGGGCGCGAUCUGGUACGGGUAUCCCUCGAAAGCGCUGUCCGAAGACGCGACGGCGCCGCGGCGCAAGAAGGGGCUCGAGGGGGUCCUGACGGCGUGUGCUUAGUAACUUC